AUGGUCCCGACCAAGGCAGCCGAAGAAGUCACACGGAGUAUCGUUCAGCGUGUCUCAUCAGGAAUCUCGACAUUGCCCCGCCCUGCCGAGCCUCAGAUGCAGCGCCGUGCCGACCAAGUCCGCAACCACCUGGCGAUCCCGAACUCCCGCGCCGAAAACGCCAUGCAGCAACGCGCUUCCGAUAUUCGGGAAAAUAUGGAGCUUCCCCGUCUGAAGCGUUCCUACGAUCAGAUGAGCCAUUCGAGCCCCAAGUCCGUCUCCCCAGGUCCUGCCUUCCCGAGCGACCCUCUUGAUCUGGACUUGGACGGCGCGUCUAUGGCUUCCUACAUGUCCCAGAUGGAAUACUCUCCCAACGUUUCGCACUUCAGCCCCUCUGGUCGUCCGACGCAGAAUCCGAUGGUGGUCGCCCUCUCGUCCGGAAACAUGCCCCGCAUGCAACUUCACACCGAUAGAAACAACCGAGCCAGCCUUGUUCCAUCUAGCAGUCCGCCGGGAUACCGUCAAUCGAGUAGCACGCCGUCGACACCUCGCCGCCCUUCGUCACUCCGAAAGGUCGCAUUGCCGACCUCUGAUGGCACCUCGAACACUAUGUCCAGCAACGGAUCCAGCAGCACAAUCACUCCAUCCCCAAGCCGGUACGCUCCUGGCGCUAUGAUGAGCAGCAGCCCGAUCCGAGAGACAAAGCUGGCAGAUCCCUUCAAGCCCACCAAGGAGUCCGACGCUCAACUGCAGAUGAUGAUGCUGCACCCCCAGCCCAUUAGCGAGCAUCAGAGCAUGGUUGGUCGCCAGGUCGAGAAAGCGCGCGAGCUCGCAAAGGACAAGCACAAAGGCCCCUUCCAGAUCGGCCGCCACUUCUGCCUGAUCGAUCCUUACAAUGGCGAGCCCGUUCAGAUUGCCGUAAUGAAAGCUGACGGUAUGGGCAAUGUCAUCUACAAGGACAAGUUCGGAAGGGACGUCUCCAAGAUCUCGCCUUCAGGUAAUGGAGAGCCGAUGCCGGGUAAGAGAGGAGAGUUCCUUGGCUUCAGGGAAGACUUUGGAGCCUCACACCUUUUCGGCCCCGGAUAG